AUGGCAUCUACAAGUGGACCGCCGAAGGCCACUCGGAUGCCCAAGAUGCAUCCUCAAGAUGAAGGUCAAGACAUACGUCAUCUUUCAUACAACCGUGAUCUCAAACACGCAAGCAGCCGGCACAUCCAGUCGGAGUCCGACGAGGUGCCAAAUUAUGCCAUCAACCUGAGAGUGUCUGCUGAUGAUGUUGAUGUUCCAUCUACCAAGAAGCCGAAAUUGGGACACGUUAAAGUCGAAUCUAGUGUUGCAUCAUCCUCUCAUGUGGAUCGGAUUCUUGCCCAGAUCUCUCCGCAAGCCUAUCCGCCAACUCAUCUGGAGUCUGAUCUGAAUGUUCAAUCAUCUCGACCUGCGCAGUCGAGCGAAGCUGUAUCGGACCCAAGACUGACCAAGACUGUCAACUACCGGUCACAGGAGAGCAGUGCAUCUGAGGUCCUUCGCCUCAAGCAGGAGUUGAUGGCGGCCAAGUCGAAGAUUGCUAUGCAAGAACAAGAACUUGCCCAAAGCCGUAUCAUGAGACAUACACUGGACCAAGCUCUUGGCCCUGCCUCGGAGGCAGACCUCGGUCGUCAGGAUGUGAAUGAACCGACUCUCACCACCCGCCAGAGGGCAGCAUUUGUUGCCUUUCGUCAAGAUCGCAGCGGUUGGAUGAGCCCAGAUGAUGCCGGCUCUGAGACAUCCGAUACUAUGCCUACUGCAGUCUACAGUCGUCUCCGAGGCCGAUUGAUGCAGCAAGCUUUUGGAACGAGUGGCUCUAGCCAUCCAAUUGACGGAAUGUUUGCCAGUUCUAACUCCGCAUUUCAGGCACCGGCUAAUCAAGAUUUGAGUCGUGUGUGGGCUGCUGCGCCAAUUUACCCCGCUGGUGCCAUCGUGCAACCCAAUAGUGCCGUACCUCGCAUGAUACCGACUCCUACAAACAGUGGAUUUGGCUUUCAUUCUCGCCAGGUGCCCGAGCAACCCCAAGCACUUUCGGGUUCGAACAACACUCCGAGUCGAGGCCUUACCCGUGGACCUCCCGCUUUCUCUCCAACAAAUGCCAAUUGGGGCAAUGAGUCUUCUGGAGCCCACGGUGGCGACGAUGACUCGAAGACCACAGCCUUGGCAGCGCCUACUUCUUCCAUGACUUACCCGCAGUACGGUGGCUAUCCUGUAGGUUCCUACCAGACCACCUCCGGUUUAAUGGCACUCUGUCCAACCGCUUCCGAGUUCACUACUGCCGCACCCAAUGGCCCAUUUUGGACAAGUCCUCCGAACACCAGUGUUCCCCUCGCUUCAACCUACGUUCCAUCCUCAGAGCCGCUCAACUUCCGACGUCUCCUGGACAAGAAUAUCGCCUGUGAUUGGAAAUACAUUGUGGAGAAGAUCAUUUGUGACAACGAUCAACAAUCGUCCGUCUUUUUGCAACACAAGCUCAAAGGUGGUCCAGCGGAGCACAAAUUUGAUAUCAUCGAUGCUAUCAUCAGCCAAGCGUAUCCGUUGAUGGUCAAUCGAUUUGGAAACUUCCUCAUCCAGCGUUGCUUUGAGCACGGGACCCAGGAGCAUGCCAUUGCAAUUGCCAACGCAAUUCGAGGUAAUACGGUGCCCUUGAGCAUGGACCAGUUCGGUUGCCAUGUAAUUCAGAAAGCUUUGGACUGUGUUUCUGAGAAUUACAAAAUUGUCAUGGUCAACGAACUCCUUCGCAAUGUCCCAGAGACAGUUGUUCACCGUUAUGCCUGUCACGUUUGGCAAAAGCUCUUUGAACUUCGAUGGACUGGGAAGCCUCCACCAAUCAUGACUAAAGUCAAUGAAGCUCUGAAGGGAAUGUGGCACAAAGUUGCGCUUGGAGAGACCGGUAGUCUGGUGGUGCAGAAUAUCUUCGAGAACUGUCUUGAAGAUGAAAAGCGACAAGCCAUCGAAGAAGUGCUCAAGAAGAUUGAUGACGUGGCCCAUGGACAAUUUGGUAACUGGUGUAUUCAACACAUCUGCGAGCACGGCGCCCCUCACGACAAGAACCGUGCCGUUGAGCAUAUCCUCAAGCAUGCGGUCGACUACAGUAUGGACCAGUUCGCCUCGAAGAUCGUGGAAAAAUGUUUGAAGAUUGGAGGUGCCGAGUUCCUCGAUCGUUACCUCAAUCGUGUCUGCACUGGUCGUGCCGAUAGACCUCGGAUGCCCCUGAUUGACAUUGCUGGCGAUCAGUACGGAAAUUAUUUGAUUCAGUGGAUCUUGUCACACGCUGCUCCGCAGCAGUACGAGGUUGUCGCGAGCCACAUUCGUAAACACAUGGUGUCCUUGAGAGGCUCCAAAUUCGGUUCUCGCGUGGCUAUGCUUUGUUGUAACCCAUCUCAUGCUACUCGUCCUGGACCCGGAACAGGCGUCCAAGGUGGUCGCUUCGGCCACUUCAACGAAGAACGAUAUGGCUCAGGCCAUUCCAGCGGUGGUCGAUACAGCCGAGGCAAUCAAUGGAACUCCACUCAUCCCUCAUAUCGUUGA